AUCCAAUACACACGGGUACAGAAAACAUAUAUACACUUUCCAUAUAGCACGCAAACCAAAGCAAACCGAAAGUCUUAACAAACUCGAUCUAACCCUAACCCCCACCCGAUGUCAUCUCCGCCACCGCCGAUGCUAAUUUACGGCGCCGACGAAGAGGAACCCGACGAAGAAUACGACGACGUGGACGAUCAAAACGACGCCGUCGACGACGAGGAUGUGGACGUGGACGACGAUUCCAUCUCCUCCGCCGAUCCUCCCCCGCCUUCCGCCGUGACGAUCGCCGUCGCCGGAGUGCUAACAACACCGGAACCCAAACAGACGGCCGAUUCGUUGGCGUUGACGGUCAACGCAGAGAGAAAGCCGUUGCCUUUACCGUUAGAAGAGUCGAGAAAGCUGUUUCAGAGACUAUGGACCGAUGAAGAUGAGAUAGAGUUGUUACAGGGCUUUCUUGAUUACACGCUUCAGAGAGGUGGUCAUAGUCACAAUUCUCAUCACGAUACGACUGCGUUUUAUGAUUUGAUUAAGUGCAAGUUACAGCUCGAUUUUAAUAAGAAUCAGUUGGUUGAGAAGUUGAGGCGCUUGAAGAAGAAGUACCGUAAUGUUUUGAGUAAGAUUAAUUCCGGAAAGGAGUAUGUUUUUAAGACUAGUCAUGAUCAGGUUACUUUCGACAUAUCUAAGAAGAUUUGGGGGAAUGUUGGCACCGUUCAUCGUGAAUUGGAUGAGGAUGAGGGGAAUGGGAAUUUGCAUAAUCUGAAUCUGCCGUUGAUGAAUGAUGAUAAUAAUAUGAAUGUGGAUGGGAAUGGUGAUUGUAGCGGCAGUAAGGCUGUCAAGUCGAGGAAAAGGUCGAGGGCCAAUGUCAAAAUUGAGGAGAAGCAGAUUGAUCAUACACCAGUAUUGGCACAGCCACAGCCACAGCCGCAGCCGCAGCCGCAGAGCGUGGUGGUGCCUCCACAGGCUGUGGUCACUAACUCUCUGAUGGGGUCUAUUCCCAAUUUGAUUGAGGAGACGGUGAGGAGUUGUCUGUCCCCGUUAUUUAAGGAACUUCUUAGUAAUGCAAUGUCAGGGCCGCGAGCUGGUGGGAUGAUCAAUUCCACCAUGACGAAUUCUAUGAUAGCGCCAUUGGGUAUUGGUGGUGCACCAAUGAAUUUCGCAGGUGGAGAUAUGGAUGACAAGUGGAGGAAGCAACAGAUUUUGGAACUAGAGGUUUACUCAAAAAGGUUGGAACUGAUACAGGAUCAGAUCAAAUCACAGUUGGAGGAACUAAAGUCGAUGGGUAACUGAGGGACUACUAAUUUGUAGUAUGUUUCUGUUUCUUUUUUCUUGUUUUUUUCCUUAAUUUAGUGGUCCUUGAUUAAUGGUUAAUACAUUAGAUGUGGGUAAUUUGGAGUUCUUAGUUUUAAUACUUGCUAAAUUUAACAUUGUUUGUUCAAUAAUGGGUUGUUUGCCUGGGAUGGCUUGUUUAAACUUCGUAACUGAUGUGAAUAUUGCUGAUGGAAUUAAUCGCUGAAGAAGAAACUUGUGAGAGCUCUAUCUCUUCUUGCUUCA